AUGACUCAGUUACUCUCUGAUCCGCUUUACACUGAGCUUCAACUUAUACAAUCCUCUGCAAAACAAUUUCAUUUUGUCAGAGAUAUGGUUUCUUCUGCAAGAGUAGAACGUGAGGGAAAGUCAUGUCAGAUUGCCCCGGACAGACUCUGGGCUGGUUGGCUUAUAGGUGGCACAUCUUUCUCACUGAGGAACGAAAUUUGA